AUGUCUCGAGACGACUCUCCACUCGUUCGCGAUGCCUCUCCCGAGACAGGCUACACCUCCGUACAUCGCGCCUUCCUACAAUCCUUCCUCACCCACAAUGUAAUGACCGUCGACGAAAUCAAGCCCGUCCUCGCGCACAUAAUCACCGCAUCUAAUCCAGACCGCCCGUACAUGGAAGGCGACGUAACGCAACCGCAAAUAACCUCCACAAUCCAAACCCUCAACGCGCGCAUCACCCCCUUCGACCUAGAAAUCCGGUCCACACGCGACCAACACUCCAAAGCGCUCACCUACGCGCUCGUAAACAACGCCUCAGACGCGCUGACGCAACUCGCGACGAAAUUCUCCCCCGCCGAAAUAGCCUACAUCCGGCGCCUGCUCGACUGCAUGUUCGACACAAACAACACACCCACCCGCGAGACAAUGGCGCUGAAGCAGAACGAAGCAUCGGCGCUAGCGCGCGCCUCGCGCCGCAAUAGACAAAGCCAGGUACACAGCGCGGACGGCGAGGAGGCCGCAGACCCGGGGAUCAGUAUGCAGGACGCAGAGACGGUCCUCGAGGACCUCGUCAACGCGGGUUUCCUGCGCAAAUCACAACACGGCUUCUACUCACUCGCCCCCCGCGCCCUGAUGGAACUCCGCGCCUACCUCAAAGAGACGUACAAUGAGGCUGCGGACGACACGGAGGACGGCGUGGAAGUCAUGCGCAUACGCGACUGUGAGGGGUGCAGGGAGCUUAUGACGCAUGGCAUUCGGUGUGACAAGAGGGAGUGUGGGGUGCGGUGGCAUGAUCAAUGUGCGAAUAACUUCUACCGCGGUAAGACGGUCGAGAAUAGAAAGUGUCCGAAGUGUCGGACGGUGUGUUCGGGGAAGGUGUUUGUUGGGGAGAGGGCUGUGACGAAGGGUGGGAGUACCGGGGCGGGGACGGCAAGUGGGAGGAGGAGUACGCAGAGUAGAAGAGAGGAAGAGGAAGAGGACGAGGAAGAGGACGACGAUGAAGGGGAAGAAGACGAGGAAGAGUAG